ACACAGGUGAUGUACUGUAGCACUGGCCUGGUAGAAAACUGAGUCCCCUGCUGAACAUGGAGCACUUUAUUCGCAGCUAGCUCUGGAAUAAUAACCCUCUCAAAGCCAAAUAUGGAGGAGAACGUUGACGUGAAGGCGCUGAGGGCCAAGUUCCACAGCAGGGCCAACACGUCUGAAACCAGCAGCCGGGACAGUGGCUCCCCGAAAUCUCCCCUGCCUGGGUUUGGGAAAGGAGUCCUGCCUGGGACAGAGAACGGCCAGGUGCGACACAAACUGCCUCAACCGUUUCCUCCCCCGCUUUCUGGACCGGGCCCAGCGAGGUUCCCUGGACCUCCAAGACCAGAGCUUAGGACUCCCCCUACUCCCAAACUACAGGCACAGGGUGCCUUCCCUCGGGCGCCUCCCAUUCCCAGUGUCGGAGCAGCUGCCCAGCCUCCAGACUCAAACAGGGUCAAGCAGACAGGAGAGAUGCUGCAAAACAUGAUGCUGAAGCACCAGAGGCCAUCAGGCCCCAAGCCGAUUCCCAGCGUCCCGAGCACCCCCAGCUCGCUGGCCCCAGCCCUGCCUCCGGCCCCGGCUCUGCCUCCGGCCCCGGCCCUGCCUCCGGCCCCGGCCCUGCCUCCGGCCCCGGCCCUGCCUCCGGCCCCGGCUCCAGUCCCAACUCCGGCCCCGUCUCCGGCUCGUCAGCUGCAUAUCCAGAGGAUGGUAGGGGAAGUGACCCCACUGAGGAAGCCUCUGCCGCAGGAAGGACCCAGGCCCAUGAAACCCAAACGACCUCCCAAAGUCAACCUGGAGCCCUACCUGAGGAGCCGGGCACCACCUCUCCCUAAGCUGAGGAAGAACGAUGGUUCCUCGGGCUCUGCAGGUAGUAGACUGUCUUUCCCUGGAUUACUCAAUCCUCCAGGACCUGGACUCGUCAGGCCUCCGGGACCCCCACCACGUCCCAGCAAACCUGCGAGCCUACCGCACCAGCCAGCCUCUGUGGUUGCUGAGGAUGACCAAGAAACCUACGAUGACAUUGGAAGUCUAGAGAAGCGCGACUCCUGGAGUGACAACAGUUCACACUGUAUGGAAGGGGGGAGUGACGACAGCCAAGUGUAUGACUUUAUUGAUGAUGACCAACUGGAGGGAGGUCGGGGUCCCUCUGAGAAGAAAACCCCGAGAGAAAUGAAGAAGCAACAGGAGCAGGAGAAGAAAGAUCAGAAGGAGCGCCAGAAGCGAGAGAAUGAGUUGAAGAAAACCUUUCAGUUGCAGGGGGAAGUGGAGGUUCUUCAUACAGCUCGGGUCCGACAUGACUGGCAUGGAGGAAAACUGGACCUCAGUGUGCGACAAGGAGAGAGCGUAGAGAUCCUGCGGGUGAAGGAUAACCCAGGGGGCAAAUGGUUGGCCCGCUCACUGACUGGCAACUACGGCUAUAUCAGCAACACGUGUGUGGACAUUGACUACGAGGAGGUGAAACGUAAAGUGCUUCAGGCCAAGGCAAGACAAGGACAAGACACAUUCGCAUUACCUCCACCGCCACCUGACCCCCCGCAAGGAAAUGACAUCUACUAUGAUGUGGAUUCCUCCGAUCAUGCAGAGAGCCUGCCUCAGGAUGAAGAUGACUACGAUGACGUUCAGCCACUACCUGAGGAUUUCCCCCCACCGCCUCCUCAAAUCAGCAUAGAACCGAAGGUUGAGAAGGAGCUGAGAAAAAAGUUUAAGUUCGAGGGGCCGCUGAGGGUCCUGCACACCAUGAUGGUUGAUCCCAACGGCGUCAUCAAGAAGCCGGGAGGGAAGGACCUGGCCGUGACUCAGGGGGAGAUCCUGGACGUCAUCCAGCUCACCAGCAGCAAGAAAGCCCUGUGCCGCAACCAGUAUGGAAAAUAUGGCUAUGUGUCCAGGUCUCUGCUUCUUCAGAUGGAAGGAGACAUUUAUGACGAUGUCGACCAUUUUAAUGACGUCUAUGACAACGACUCCGUCCAGUGAAACCAAGAGCGACUGUGACACACACGCACACACACAGACACACAUGCACACACGGACAGACACACACAUGCACACACACACACACAGACAUACACAGACACACACACACACACACACACACACACAUAGAUAACUUCCCCAGUGCUGAGAAUAAUAGACUUGUCACCUUCAUAUUGUUUAUCAAACUGCUUGUAUAAAUCAUGAAUACACUAUUACGUUAGUUCAUUGCUUUGUUCUGUUACGAUAAUUUAAAGAAAUAAAGUUACUUUUUCUGGUACCAGUGGCCCAGUUUGCAUUUGUUUUGAAUGCAGAAGGUUUGAAUCCUCUGACACAAGGAAACUUCCUUGAGAAUGGGCCUGACCUGGAGAUACUAGUAUCCAAAUGAUCUGUUUCAUCAAGGACAGGAGGCAGUUAGCUCGUC